CGCACAAUCUCCAUCCGUGCAUGCACACACCGUAUAUCCGCCCAUAGCAUAGGCGGGCAUACCCAGCACUGAGCUAGCUGCAGUGCAUCGCAAUAUUCCAGCAGCUGGAGUGCUUACCAGCGCAGCUAGCUAGCUAUACCUACCGCGCCGCGCUACGACAUAUUUCAGAGGGACGAAUGAAAGUGGACGGCCGAGCAUCUUGCGUGGAACUGGUUGGAAAAAUUUAUUACUGAAAACUGAAGGUUUAGAACGCAGUAAUUUCUUGUUUCAACGUCGAGAUGGCAGCUGAAAUCUCCCUGGUAAUGCGACUGAUGUCGGCGUCGGUGUCGAUAGCAAACAGAGCGGGUUCCAUCGUCAGGGAUAUCAUGAAAGCAGGCGAUUUGGGGGUCGUCAUGAAAAAUCAGCGAGAAGAUGAUCCUCAGACAGAAGCUGACCGUAAGGCUCAACGCUGCAUCGUAUCAUCUCUCCAGACCCGCUUCCCUGGUAUCACCGUCAUAGGCGAGGAGGAUCUUACUGAGAGUGUAACUGAUCUGAUAGAGUUGGGAGAUUCUGAGGAUGUUCUUCAUAGGCCUUGUCCUGAUACUCUCAAGUCUGUCUCACUCGCUGAUAUCGUUGUGUGGGUAGACCCUGUAGACGGAACCAAAGAAUACACACAAGGAUUCCUUGACCAUGUGACAGUACUGAUCGGUGUGGCCGUGAAUGGGGAGUCAGUAGGGGGCGUCAUCCACCAGCCAUACUACAACUACCAGGUGGCUGAUGCCAAGAUGGGGCGCACCAUGUGGGGUGUGGUCGGACUAGGGUGCUUUGGUUUUACCCAUAAAGAGUUACCAGAGUCCCAGAGGGUGAUCACCACCACGAGGUCUCAUGGCACCGAGGCUGUUCAGGAAACUAUCGAUGCCAUGUGUCCGACAGAGAUUCUUAGAGUGGGUGGCGCUGGGCAUAAGGUGUUGCUCUGUCUUGAAGGCACAGCCAGUGCAUACAUCUUUGCCAGUCCUGGAUGCAAGAAGUGGGAUACAUGUGCACCAGAAGCUCUUCUUAAAGCUGCAGGAGGUCUUUUGACUGAUGUCCAUGGUAACCGAUAUCGCUAUGAAAAGGACAUCAAGCGCAUGAACACCGGGGGCGUCAUCGCCGCAUAUCGAGCUCACGACUUUUACCUCUCCAAAGUACCACAGUCAAUAAAAGACGCUCUGCCGGCAUGACGAACACUGACUGCUAUGAGACCUUAGGAGAGAGAGAGAGAGAGAGUGAGAGAGGGCCAAUGAAGACAACCAAAUCAAAGUUUAAUUCAAGCUUUAUUGAAAGAGAUAGAAGUAAUUGAAAAGUAUUUAAUGGACUAGAAAGAGGGUUAAUGUAUGAGCUAUCAGGAAUUUCAAGUUCUAGGUUGAUGAUGAGUUUUAAUGUGAGAGCAUUUGAGCACUUAAAAAGUAGAGCUUCGAUUAGCAGGUGGUGAGUUUUAUUGCUCUCUUAGCUAGCUUAGGGUAUUUUGCUCCUUACUUUGGAGCUCAAUAUCAAGUUGGUUCUUGCUAGAGUAAGUUUAGAACCAACAUUGUCACUAGACCUCAACACAGCACUUGAAAUCCCUUUCAUAGAAAAUGCAUGAGGGAAACGGAAAGAAAUAGAUUUGUUGCACAGUGAAAUCAUUAUUGUAAAUGAGUAAAUUUGACAGAGGUAUAUUUGUAAUUUAAUUACUUUACAGCGCAAGACACCAAAACAUGGAAAUUUUGAUGCAGUUUGUUUUCCAAAUUGUAGAUGGAAUAUACACAUGUUUUUGCCAAUGGAAGAGAGAGCUGAAAAAAUGGAGAGAUAGAUAUAGAAUUGAAAAAGAGAGAGAGAGAGAAAACUCCUUAAGACCUCUCAUUUAUAUGCUUUAGGUAGAUCACUUUGUGGCUGUAAAAGAAGAGACAGAAAUUGAUAUCAUCUCCACUCCUUCUAAAGCUUUUUAUUUUUUUUGAUCGGUGCAACAAAAUUGAAAUAUACAUGUUGAAAGGGAACUCAAGAAUGGCGUGACUAACUAGUACUUUAAUCAAGCAUAUAAAAUUAAUUUUUUUACUGUACGUACUUUCAAGAAAAAUGUAUUUUAAGAUUAUGAUGUAUAAAUGAAUAUAGCAUUAUGACAUAUAAGAAUGCUGAUGAGCUAUUUUUGUAGAUGUGGUCAUGUAACCAUGGCAACUUACAUUGUGAACGUCAUGUAAAGACAAAUUUGUGUUGAAUAUUUCAUUGCAGUAUUAUUUGAGUAGCUUUCAAAUUGAGCCUCCAGCCAGAGAAUCAUUAUCUAUCGCUUUAAGAUAUCAUUAUUAAAAGAGAAGCAGUGCUUUAUAGCUCUAGACGUGUAAGUUAGAGCAGUACACUUUUGUAAAGAAUUUUUAUGCAAUUUAGAACAAUGGAAAAUGCUUUUUGUCUUGAUUGAAAUUGAUUGAUGUAAACAUUAAUUGUUUUGUCUGAAACAAAUCAAUGUUGUGCAAAGCUAGCGUACAUGUAUAUUGCAUUUGUUAAUAUGACCUUAUGGAGGUGUCAUAGAGUGGAUCAAGAAAGAGUAUUAUGGUGCCUAUUGAUUACAUAAAUAUAAAAAGAAGAAAAAAUAAAUUUAAGCAGCAUUGCAUUCCUUUUGCUGAUUGUUUUGAAAGGAAAGAAAGAUGAAAUCACCUUGCACUAGAUAUACAUUGAGAGCAAACUAUAAUGAUUCAAUAGGCCGUGCCAUGUGACAUUGCCAUAUGACACUCAGUGUUGUGGUAACAAGUAGUUUGUAGUUCUGGAUGAAAAAAUAAACAUUUCUAAGAUCAAUAUAUGUGUUACAAUCAUCAAAAAGAUUCUGAUAAAGGAGAGUACUUGAAGACAAUAUGUGAAAUGACUGUAAUAUUGAGCCAAAGAAGAGGUACAUUAUCUUAGCUUAUCUAGCUAGUCGCCCUAUGACUGUCUUGAAAAUAAAACCGUAUCAAGUAUUUGUUGAAAGAGCAAAUUUGAUGUUUAUUGCAUUUUUAAUGACUAGACAAGUUUACCACAUAUAACCUUCUGUGUACCCUUUACCAGCAUUUCAGCCUAUCUUUACUCCAAAAGUAAUAUAGGACCAAAGAAUGUGUCAAGUCUAGGAAACAGCUUGACUUACUUUUGAUAUAAAAAUCGUGUUUUUGUGCGUGCAAAUGAUGCAAAGACAGUUUAUUCACUUUUAGGAACCCAACGUGAGAGGGAGUUGGUCCAUGUAUAAAAAUGUUGGUUUGUUUCCAGAUAUGUUGUUGAUAAAACACCCCUCAUGGUCCCUGUGAUCAUGUGACCAAAACUUGUACUUUGUCAGUUGUAUACAAGCAUCUUAAGGAUAUAAAUCCAGUUACUUGGGCAUUGGAUGGUAAAGUCAAAGUUAUGUACAUAAUAAAACAGUUGAUUAUAUCACAAUGAUGCACACAAUAAUUGCAAGGCCAGUUUCACAUUAUUAUUGUUGUGCACUCAUCGCUAUACAUACGUGGAAGAAAAUUAACUUGUUUAAUUAAUCCUGAUAAAUGUAAGGGAAAUGAAAGAUGUGCACUUUUAUGACUUUUAGAGUGUGUGAACUUAGUGUGAAAUGUGACUUUGAUUGUACGUUGUGUAUAAGUUGACAUUUAUAUCAAGUAUUAGGGCUCUUUCAUCAUUGUGCACAUUGUUUUUAUAACAAAAAA